GAACAAAACAACAACAAAAAACCCAGCAAAACAGGUUAAAAAUGGCUGCCGAGGUACCUCAAAUGGUCUCCAAUGACAUGGAAUCUGGAAAAGCAGCUGUUCUUAACAAGUAUACACUUUUCUGUGCUCUCUUGGCCUCCACGAACUCGAUUCUCCUAGGCUAUGAUAUUGGUGUAAUGAGUGGGGCGGUGCUGUUUAUCAAAGAGGAUCUCAAAAUCACUUCGGUUCAAGUAGAGAUCUUGGUGGGUAGCUUGAAUGUACUUUCGCUUGUAGGCUCACUCGCGUCCGGAAAAACAUCGGAUUACAUAGGCAGACGUUACACGAUCGUUCUUGCGGCGGCCACGUUUCUAGUCGGUGCACUUUUGAUGGGGUUCGCACCGUCUUUCCCAUGGCUACUCGCCGGCCGAAUAGUGGCCGGCAUUGGCGUCGGCUAUUCCCUUAUGAUUUCACCUCUGUACACCGCCGAGAUCUCUCCCGCUAUGAAACGUGGAUUCCUUACUUCCCUCCCCGAAGUAUUCAUCGUCUCCGGUAUCCUCAUCGGUUACAUUGUGAAUUAUUCCUUAUCGGGUUUACACCAAAACAUCAACUGGAGAUUGAUGCUAGGGCUGGCGGCGGUUCCCGCGGUAGCCAUCGGAAUUGGUGUCACGGCAAUGCCGGAAUCACCUCGUUGGCUUGUGAUGAAAGGUAGGACGGAUGAAGCGAAAAGGGUGUUGAUCAAAGUCUCGGAUAGUGUUCAAGAAGCCGAGUUUAGACUCCGAGAGAUAACCAAAGCAGCAACUUCCAUGGAUUCAAUCAACGGCGAUUGGCAUGGCCAAGGGGUGUGGAAAGAGCUUCUGUUAAACCCAUCGAGGCCCGUUCGUCGAAUUCUGAUUGCAGCCAUUGGAAUCAACUUCUUCAUGCAAGCAUCGGGCAACGAUGCAGUUAUAUACUACUGUCCCGAAGUGUUCAAAGCCGCCGGAAUCCAUCACAAGAGACAACUCUUCGGCGUCAACGUGAUAAUGGGAGUAGCAAAGGCUUCAUUCGUGUUGAUCUCGGCUCUUUAUCUGGACAGAUUCGGUAGACGGCCAUUGUUGUUGCUCGGCACCAUGGGGAUGGCCGUAUCGUUGGCCGUGUUGGGUAUCGGAUCCAAAUUCCUCCAACACUCGGAAACCAAACCGAUGUGGGCAAUCAUCGUGUGCGUCGUUGCCGUUUGUGCGGAUGUUUCAUUCUUCUCGAUGGGACUUGGUCCGAUCACAUGGGUUUAUUCGUCGGAGAUAUUUCCAUUGAGGCUUCGGGCACAGGGAACGGGACUGGCUAUAUCGGUGAACAGGUUGGUGAGUGGGGUGAUGUCCAUGACGUUUCUUACCAUAUCGGAGAAGAUAACAUUCGGGGGAAUUUUUUUUGUGUUGUCUGGGAUUAUGGUGCUCGCUACUCUGUUCUUUUAUUUCUUUCUUCCCGAGACCAAACACAAGACCUUGGAAGAGGUUUGGGCAUUGUUUGAGGAUAAAGGUCAAAGUGGAGGUGAUCAAAGGGAAAUGCAAAUGAGAGAUAUAUAAUGUUACGGGUGAUAAUACUUAUGAAUCUAG